AUGGCUGCAAACAAAGACUUCGCAUUGCCCCAAGGUUCGACUGUUCUGGUUACUGGAUCCAAUGGCUUUCUGGGGGCUCAUAUCGUGGACCAAUUCUUGAAAAUAGGAUACAAGGUCCGAGCUACAGUGCGGGAUGCCAACAAAGACUCCUGGAUGUCCGAUCAUUUCGACAACUUGUAUGGAAAGGGAAAAUUCAAGCUCGUUGCGGUACCUCAAAUGGAGGUAGAUGGAGCAUUCGACGAAGCCAUUAAAGGGGUCGACGUGUUCAUGCACUCUGCUGCCACGAUGUUGUUUGACAACGAAGCAAGCCUGAUCAUUCCUGUCACAAUUGCUGGAGCACUCAACGCCAUAAAGGCGGCGUAUAAAGAGCCUAGCGUCAAUAGAUUUGUCCUCACGUCUUCUUCCGCUGCUGCCGUCGGCAUACUGUACAACGAUAUCACAGUGGUCGAAGAUUCUUGGAAUGAGCGGGCUGUUCAGCGGGCAUGGGCCGAUCCACCCUAUGAAGAAGCUCGACCUUUACUAGUAUACGAAGCCAGUAAAACACAGGCUGAGCAAGCGGUAUGGGAAUUCCAUAAGGAGAAUCACCGCAACCGACCCGACUUAGUUGUGAACACAGUUUUGCCCAACCUCAUCUUUGGACGACCAGUGAGCCCUAGGAAUCAGGGCUAUCGUACAAGCAGUGGAAUGAUAGCUGAUUUAUGGAAAGGAGAAUUAACACCAUCCCAUUACGCGAUCACAAGACAAUACUUUGUCGAUGUCGAAGACGCUGCUGCUCUGCACGUAGCCGCGGGCUUGCUGCGACACAUCCAGAGCCAGCGCAUCUUCGCCUACGGAGGUCGCUUCAGCUGGGACUCAGUGCUGGAGAUAAUGCGAAAAUUGGAUCGUAACUUGAAGAAUCCUCUCCCCGAAAAUUUCUCUGGUGGAUCAGACCCCAACGAGAUCGAACCUCGUCCAAAGGCUGAGAAGUUAUUAAGGGACUUAGGACGUCCCGGAUGGACGUCUUUGGCGGCCUCGAUUGCCGCAAAUGUUGAAGCAAUCACUGACACGUGA